AUGAAAUCCAGGCUGGAUGCAGUGGUGGUGAAUGACAACCGUAGCCUUGGUCGGGCGGUAACAGAAUUUGUUCUGCUGGGCUUUCCUCAGGUCUAUGUGUUGGAGAUCUUCCUUUUCGUGGCCUUCUCUGCAGUCUUCACUCUCACUGUCUUGGGGAACAUUACUAUAAUCACAGUUGUGGCAACAGACUCCCGUCUUCACACCCCCAUGUACUUUUUCCUGGGGAAUCUCUCUUUCCUGGAGAUCUGCUUCACCUCAGUCAUUGUUCCCAAGAUGCUGGCCAAUCUGCUGACUAGGAAGAAGACGAUCUCAUUCACUGGCUGCAUUGCCCAGUGCCACUUGUAUUUUUUCCUGGGCUCCACAGAGUUGAUCCUCCUGGCUGUCAUGUCAAUUGACCGCUAUGUGGCCAUUUGUAACCCACUGCGGUAUGUGGCCAUCAUGAACAGUCGUGUCUGCAUCUCCCUGGUGCUUGGCUGCUGGGUGGGUGGGUUUUUACACAUCUUGUGGCCCACGGUGGUGAUAUCCCAGCUUCCUUACUGUGGCCCAAAUGUCAUCAAUCAUUUUUUUUGUGACAGCACCCCUCUCCUGAAGCUUUCCUGCUCUGACACACGCCUUAUUGAAUUAGUAGAUGUGCUUCUCGCCUCCAUCAUGCUCCUGGGCACUCUGUUGCUCAUCAUGGUUUCCUACAUUUUCAUCAUCUCCACAGUGCUCAAGAUCCGAUCAUCUACUGGCAGGCACAAGGCCUUCUCUACCUGUGCCUCACAUGUCAUUGUGGUGACAAUCUACUAUGGCAGCUCCAUUUUUAUGUAUGCCCAGCCAGCACAGAGCUCUUCCUUGGAAUUCAACAAAGUAGUGGCUGUUUUGACGGCUGUGGUAACCCCACUUCUUAACCCCCUUAUCUAUAGCCUGAGGAAUGAAAAGGUGAGAGAUGCCCUGAAAGAAAUGGUGAACCGGAAAAGUGGUUUCCAGAGAAACAGGGAGCCUUUGGUGUGA